GCUCCCUUCUCCUUUCUCCCUUCCCCCACCCAGCAAGCCCCUCCUCUUAUUCCUCCAGGUAUAAAGGUAUAUUUCUGCAACCGCCUCUACCUUCUCUGCUCUGGGGAGAGUGGAAGACGCAGGACUGAAAAGAGGAAGAGAGUGAGCGUGAGAGAGAGAGGCAGAGGCGGAGUGGGAAGUUUCAGUUUUAAAAAGCAAUUGGAUUGACCACUCUCUGACUCGUGCUGCAGUCAUGGGGCUUGGGAAAGGGAAAGAUGAAUACAAACUGGCGGCAACCUCGGAAGAUGGGGGCAAGAAAGACAAGAAGGCCAAGGCCAAGAAGGAUAUGGACGAUCUGAAAAAAGAAGUCGACCUUGAUGAUCACAAGUUAACCUUGGAUGAACUUCACAGAAAAUAUGGAACUGACCUAACCAGGGGUCUUUCCUCCUCCAGAGCAAAAGAGAUCCUGGCCCGAGAUGGCCCCAACGCCCUCACACCUCCCCCCACGACACCUGAAUGGGUCAAGUUCUGCAAACAGCUGUUUGGUGGUUUCUCCAUGCUGCUGUGGAUUGGUGCCAUCCUCUGCUUCUUGGCUUACGGUAUCCAGGCUGCCUCAGAAGAUGAACCUACAAAUGAUAAUUUGUACCUAGGUAUUGUGCUUUCUGCUGUCGUCAUCAUCACUGGUUGCUUCUCCUACUACCAAGAGGCCAAGAGCUCCAAGAUCAUGGAGUCCUUCAAGAACCUGGUCCCACAGCAAGCCCUGGUUAUCCGUGAUGGAGAGAAGAAGAACAUCAAUGCUGAGGAGGUGGUGCUUGGAGAUUUAGUGGAGGUGAAAGGAGGAGACAGGAUCCCUGCUGAUCUGAGAAUUAUCUCUGCUCAUGGCUGCAAGGUGGACAACUCCUCCCUGACUGGUGAAUCAGAGCCCCAGACUCGUUCUCCAGACUUCUCCAAUGAAAACCCACUGGAAACCAGGAAUAUUUCUUUCUUCUCCACCAACUGUAUUGAAGGCACAGCCAGAGGAAUCGUCAUCAACACUGGUGAUAAUACCGUCAUGGGCCGCAUCGCCACCCUGGCUUCCAGUCUAGAGGGCGGAAAAACUCCCAUUGCCAUUGAGAUCGAGCAUUUUAUCCACAUCAUCACUGGAGUGGCCGUGUUCUUGGGUGUUUCUUUCUUCAUCCUCUCUCUCAUCCUUGGAUAUAACUGGCUGGAGGCUGUCAUCUUCCUUAUUGGUAUCAUUGUCGCCAACGUGCCAGAAGGUCUUUUGGCUACUGUCACUGUGUGUCUGACUCUGACUGCUAAGCGUAUGGCCAAGAAGAACUGCCUGGUGAAGAACUUGGAAGCUGUCGAGACUCUGGGCUCCACCUCCACCAUCUGUUCUGACAAGACCGGCACUCUGACCCAGAACAGAAUGACUGUGGCCCACAUGUGGUUUGACAACCAGAUCCAUGAGGCUGACACCACUGAGAACCAGAGCGGUACCUCUUUUGACAGGAGCUCCCCCACCUGGGCUAAUCUGUCCAGAAUCGCUGGACUCUGCAACCGCGCCGUUUUCCUGGCUGACCAGAGCAACAUUCCCAUUCUGAAGAGAGAUGUCGCUGGUGAUGCCUCAGAAGCUGCCUUGCUGAAGUGUAUUGAGUUGUGCUGUGGAUCUGUCAGUGAAAUGAGAGAAAAAUACCCCAAAAUUGCUGAGAUCCCUUUCAAUUCCACAAACAAAUACCAGCUCUCCAUCCAUAAAAACACCACUCCUGGGGAAACCAAGCAUCUGUUGGUGAUGAAAGGAGCUCCAGAGAGGAUUUUGGACCGCUGUUCCUCCAUUGUGCUUCAGGGCAAAGAGCAGGCUCUGGAUGAUGAGAUGAAAGAUGCUUUCCAGAAUGCCUAUGUUGAGUUGGGAGGUCUUGGAGAGAGAGUUUUGGGUUUCUGCCACUGUCACCUGCCUGAUGACCAGUUCCCAGAGGGAUUUGCUUUUGAUACUGAUGAAGUGAACUUCCCCACUGAGAACCUGUGCUUCGUCGGACUCAUGGCCAUGAUUGACCCUCCUCGUGCUGCUGUGCCUGAUGCUGUUGGUAAAUGCAGGAGUGCUGGAAUCAAGGUCAUCAUGGUCACAGGUGACCAUCCAAUUACAGCCAAGGCUAUUGCUAAAGGUGUGGGUAUCAUCUCCGAAGGCAAUGAGACUGUUGAAGACAUUGCUGCCCGCCUGAAUGUUCCAGUUUCAGAGGUCAACCCUAGGGAUGCUAAGGCCUGUGUUGUCCAUGGUGGUGAGCUUAAAGACAUGACCUCAGAGGAGCUUGAUGAUUUGCUGAAGCACCACACUGAAAUUGUAUUUGCCAGGACCUCCCCUCAACAGAAACUGAUCAUUGUGGAAGGAUGCCAGAGACAGGGAGCCAUUGUGGCCGUGACAGGUGAUGGUGUGAACGACUCUCCAGCUCUGAAGAAAGCUGACAUUGGUGUCGCCAUGGGCAUCGCUGGAUCUGAUGUCUCCAAGCAGGCUGCUGACAUGAUCCUGCUGGACGAUAACUUUGCCUCCAUUGUCACUGGAGUGGAAGAAGGCCGUCUGAUCUUUGACAACUUGAAGAAGUCCAUCGCCUACACUCUGACCAGUAACAUCCCCGAGAUCUCACCCUUCCUCCUCUUCAUCAUCGCCAACAUCCCUCUGCCCCUGGGAACCGUCACCAUCCUCUGUAUUGAUCUGGGAACUGACAUGGUCCCUGCCAUCUCCCUGGCUUAUGAGAAAGCUGAGAGCGACAUCAUGAAGAGACAGCCCAGAAACCCCAAAACAGACAAGCUAGUGAAUGAAAGGCUCAUCAGUAUAGCCUAUGGACAAAUUGGUAUGAUGCAGGCCACAGCUGGCUUCUUCACAUAUUUUGUCAUCCUGGCUGAAAAUGGUUUCCUCCCCAUGGACCUGAUAGGACUGAGAGUGCUGUGGGAUGACAAAUAUGUAAAUGACCUGGAAGACAGCUAUGGGCAGCAGUGGACAUAUGAGCGCAGAAAGAUUGUAGAGUACAGCUGCCACACAGCCUUCUUCGCCAGUAUUGUGAUCGUGCAGUGGGCCGAUCUGAUCAUCUGUAAGACCAGGAGGAACUCCAUUGUGCAGCAAGGAAUGACGAACCGCAUCCUCAUCUUUGGGCUCUUUGAGGAGACGGCUCUGGCUGCCUUCCUUUCAUACUGCCCGGGCAUGGACGUUGCCCUCAGAAUGUACCCUAUGAAGCCAUUGUGGUGGUUCUGUGCCUUCCCCUACUCCCUCCUCAUCUUUGUUUAUGAUGAAGCCAGAAGAUAUAUCCUCAGACGCAACCCAGGAGGUUGGGUGGAGAAAGAGACAUACUACUGAGCCAACGCCACACAGACACGGAAGGAGUAUGUGCUUCAUUACUAUUUAAUGCCAUGUUACAUAUUUGUUUGAGAUAUUAGACCCCCCCAUUAAUAACACCACAAAGCAUGGAUAGAUUAAGAUUAUAUUGAUGUGUGUUUCUUUCCCAAUAAAACAUUCCCACUGUUCACUGA